CCCCCAAGCCUAUCACAGCAUAGUUGAGAAAGUUUCCCUCAUCCUCCUCUCACCAUGAAGCCUUCUCUCCUACUCUUCCUCCUCUUCUCUUGCUUCCAUCUUUGCUAUUGCGCCCAACGCUAUGAUGCAAUAUUUAGCUUCGGGGACUCCCUUUCUGAUGCUGGAAACCUCAUUGUCAAGAACCCCAGCGUUUAUCUCACUUCCAAGUGGCCUUAUGGCAUGACCUUCUUCCACAAGCCCACAGGCCGAUGUUCGGAUGGACGCUUGUUCAUCGACUUCAUUGCUGAGGCGGUUGGGCUGCCGCUGCCUCCACCAUCUUUGAAGUCUGGCGAGGACUUCCAAAAAGGAGCGAACUUCGCCACCACCGGCGGCACAGUACUUGAGUAUAGCUUCUUCCAGCGAAGAGGUCUUACCAAAUCUAUAUUCACCACCGAUAACCUGAACACCCAGAUCUCGUGGUUUGAGCAGAUGAAGCCUUCCCUUUGCAGCACAACCCAAGGCUGCAAAGACUACGUUGGCAAAUCUCUCUUUGUCGUCGGAGAGUUUGGAGGGAAUGAUUACAAUGCUUUCUUGUUCUCGGGCAAGAGCAUGGCUGAAGUGAGAGCAAACACUCCCACUAUCGUAGAUGGCCUUGCAAAGGGUGUCGAGAGAUUGAUUAGCAACGGGGCUGUGGAUCUGGUGGUGCCGGGAAUCCUGCCCAUAGGAUGCUUCCCUUUGUACCUGCAGCUGUACAAAAGUACUAGCAAAGAUGACUACGAUCAGUUCGGAUGCCUGAAGAAGUACAACAAUGUGGCCUUCUACCACAAUCAAUUGUUAAAGAUCAAACUGCAGCAGCUCCAGCAGAGAUACCCGGGGACGAGGGUCAUCUACGGAGAUUUCUAUAAUGCAGCCAUGCAAUUUGUGACAAAUCCACAAAAAUAUGGAUUUAGCAAUGGGGCCCUGAAAGCUUGCUGUGGGGGAGGUGGCCCUUACAACGUCAAUCUAGACUACAGGUGUGGUCAAAAGGGGUCGAACGUAUGUAAUGAUCCCUCCACAUAUGCGAGUUGGGAUGGCAUUCAUUUUACUGAAGCGGCUAAUCGCUACGUUGCCAACGGUUUGCUGAGAGGUCCCUACGCCAAUCCACCCAUCAUGAGCUAGCUUUGGGGCCAACUGAAGGGGGAAAAUAAGAUGAACAGCUCUCGGAGGAGCAUCCCCUGUUACUAUAUUUUAUUUCUCGCUAUAGGUUUUUUUUUUUCAUUCAUCCACCGAGAAUAUAAUUCAUUUGACCAAUAAUUAAGUUGUAAACUGUUCGGUUCUCAGGAAUGAUGAGGCUUAUGGCCCAUGCCUGCGAAUUAGUAUAUUAAAAUGGUUAUUCUGUACCU